GUGGGAGCCGACGGGUGAUAUCCCCGCCUGCCUCCUGUCCCUCAGCCGUCGGGCCCUUGGGCCCCCCUUUGCGAGCUUGACUGGGAAAAAGUUGUGGCGGUUUUGGUGUCACGAGUGUCGCUUGGCUCGCCGCGGCGUCCUAAAAAUGGCCACGACCCCGAGCCCCGUGAAGACCCUGCAGGAGGAGGCGGUGUGCGCCAUCUGCCUCGACUACUUCACCGACCCCGUGUCCGUCGACUGCGGCCACAACUUCUGCCGCGCGUGCGUGAACCGGCUGUGGGAUCAGGAACAAGUGGAGCCGCGGGAGGACGACUGGGACUUGGAGGACUGGGACUUGGAGGAUAGGGAGGAGCAUUGGGAGUACGAGCAGGUGAACUGGGAGUACGAGGACGAGGCAGCCGGGGGCGGCUGGCACCGUCACACCCGCGCCGGCCGCCGGUCCGGUGGGGCCGGGGCCUGGCACAGCGGCUGGCACCCGCGCGACGGCCAGGACGACGGCCAGGACUAUUACUUCGGAGGCUCCGAAAACGACCUGCGCUUCCGCAUCUUCUCGGAGGAGGAGGUCAUAUACAACCUGCGGGAGCUCGACGGCCACUCGGACCCCCGGCGCCGCCGCUUCACCUGCCCUCAGUGCCGCCGGAAAUUCCCGCGGCCCAGCCUCCGCCCCAACCUGCAGCUGGCCAACAUGGUGCAGGUCAUCCGCCAGAUGCACCCGAGCCCCGGCGGCCGCGUCUGCCCCAAGCACCAGGAGGCCCUGAAGCUCUUCUGCGAGGUGGACAAGGAGGCCAUCUGCGUGGUGUGCCGGGAGUCCCAGGCGCACAAGCAGCACAGCGUCGUGCCGUUGGAGGAGGCGGGGCAGGAGGCCAAGAUGCCAUCAAUAAAACCAUUCAUCGUUCUGCAAGAGGGACCAGAGGCUUCCAACCAUCAAUACUCCUUCUUCUUGUUUCCUCCCAUGAGGUAGCUAAACAUGACAGUCACUUAUUUUGAGGCCCUUGUCCAGUAUCUAUGCCAUUAUGCAGAAGAUAGGGCUUGGCUUCUUCAGUAUCUGGAAUCACUGGGCAGUUGGGCAGUGACACCUUGACAAACAGUUUAACAUAUGUCAAUCCAAACAGUGGAGUUUUCUGCCAAAGCACAAUUCUGCAGCUUUUAAGAUGAGACAGAAUGUUAACAGGAAUCUUCAAAGGCCAUAAAGACUUCAUUAAACAACCUUUUUACUUGUAAAGGAGAAAGAAAAGGAGAAACGGGUAAAACCUCGCAUUCUGAGUGCUGCCACCACCUUGAGAGGAAACUGAGGAAUUCCAGACUGUCUUCAUACACUCUGCUUAAUGCUGAACUGAUUGAUGACUGAGCAUAUCAAACCUCAGCAUUCACAACAAACAUCAGCUCACCUUUAUUUCCUGUCAGUUGAGAUGAACCUACUGAUUCCCCAAAAAAAGUGCUUUAAAAACUGGACGUGCGUUUUCAUGAGCCUACACUUGACCACUUAAGACAGUUUUUUGGAAACUUAUCAGAUGCACUGAUUAAGAGCUGGAAAAUUAAAGGAAUAAGUGUUGGUGGCUGUAUCCUAAAUAACAUGUUUUAAGUCUAGAUUUUGGGGGCAGAAAACUGGAGUUCAAGAUGCAGUACAAUAUCAGUCAUGGAGCAUCAGUUCCACUGGAUCUAUUGGAAACCGUCAGCUUGGCAUUGUAGACCAUUGAGAAAACCACUAUACUGAAUCCCAGUUUCUGUUGAUGUUUUGGAAGAUCUUCAUGUUUUUUCUUAUGUACUGAAGUUCCUUGGUUGUAACUAUGUUCAUUUGAAUGUAUGAAUUUGGUACACCAGCCAAAGGCAUGUGUAAUUUAAAAUUCCCAAAAUGGCAAUUCCCAGCACAGUGUAAUGUACUUAUACUUAAAAUACAUCCACCCCAAAAUGGGGAAUACCAAUUAUUGGUCAUUAUGAAAUACCAUAAGUGAAAGUUGCCAAAGAGUCUAGCCACAGAUAACCAAUUUAUGCUCAAAAAUGCCUUAACUUUCUCAAUUAGUCAUUUGAAGACUAGACUCACGAGUUAUUUUAAGGAGGUUGGAGGAAUAUCUAGGACUCUUCAGGGUUCAUGUGCUCUUGAACUUGUUCUUAAAACUAGUAAGUUUUGGGAAUGUUUCACAUUGCUGUUUAUUCCUCACUGGAAGAGAUGUGUGACUCAUUCCAAGUUUGCUUUGAUUAGAGCAUUCAGAAAUUUAGACACGAAAUGUCUAAGUAGAUGGCAAGGCUUUAGUCUAUUAUUCUAGUUUCUCCUUAUAUCUUGAAAAGCUGUAUUUAUGUAUUUAUUGUUAUUUUUUGGCCUAUCUGGCUGUGGGGAGAAAAUAGUGCUGCAAAGAGUGUUAUGUUUUGUUCUAUCUUUUUGUCUUCCAUGAAGAAAAGUUAAGAAUCAUGACGUGGUUAUCACGUCAUCUGAAUAAAUGUUUUUCUUCCAAGUUACCAUU